UCGCCGUCCGCGCUGCACGUCCCUGGCGGGUCCCCGCGGCCCCGGCCGGGCGCAUCGCCGGGCUCCGGCUCCUGCAUCCGGGGGCAGCGCGCAGGCCGAGGCCGGCAGGCCGCCCCCGCCGCUCCGGGCGUCGGUGGACGAUGAGCAGCCACGCCAACAGCUUGUUCCUGCGGGAGAGCGGCCACCGCCUGGGCCGGGCGGGCUGGCUGCCCAGGCUGCGGGACGGCCUGCAGCAGAGGGCACUGCGCGCGCGCCUGCGCCUGCAGACGCUGACCCGCGAGCGCGUGCUGCGCUUCCUGCGCCGCCACGCCUUCAUCCUGCUCACGGUCAGCGCAGUGGUCAUCGGUGUCAGCCUGGCCUUUGCGCUGCGCCCGUACCAGCUCACCUACCGGCAGAUCAAGUACUUCUCGUUCCCCGGGGAGCUGCUCAUGCGGAUGCUGCAGAUGCUGGUGCUGCCGCUCAUCGUCUCCAGCCUGGUCACAGGCAUGGCAUCCCUGGACAACAAGGCGACCGGGCGGAUGGGGAUGCGGGCAGCCGUCUACUACAUGGUGACCACGGUCAUCGCGGUCUUCAUCGGCAUCCUCAUGGUGACCAUCAUCCACCCUGGCAAGGGCUCCAAGGAGGGGCUGCACCGGGAGGGCCGAAUCGAGACCAUCCCCACAGCGGACGCCUUCAUGGACCUGGUCAGAAAUAUGUUUCCACCCAACCUCGUGGAGGCCUGCUUCAAACAGUUCAAGACCCAGUACAGCACAAGGGUGGUGACCAGGACCGUUGUGAGGACAGAGAAUGGAUCCGAGCUAGGCACCUCUGUGCCUCUGCCCUCCUCGGCAGAGAAUGAAACUAGCAUCCUGGAGAAUGUCACGCGGGCCUUGGGCACCCUACAGGAGGUGCUGAGCUUCGAGGAGACCGUUCCCGUGCCCGGGUCUGCCAAUGGCAUCAACGCGCUGGGCCUUGUGGUCUUUUCCGUGGCCUUUGGGCUGGUCAUCGGUGGCAUGAAGCACAAGGGCCGGGUCCUGAGGGACUUCUUCGACAGCCUCAAUGAGGCCAUCAUGAGGCUGGUGGGCAUCAUCAUCUGGUAUGCGCCCGUGGGCAUCUUGUUCCUGAUUGCGGGGAAGAUUCUGGAAAUGGAAGACAUGGCCGUCCUUGGGGGUCAGCUGGGGAUGUACACGCUGACCGUCAUUGUGGGCUUGUUCCUCCACGCCGGGGGUGUCCUGCCCCUCAUCUACUUCUUGGUUACCCACCGGAACCCCUUCCCCUUCAUCGGGGGCCUGCUGCAGGCCCUAAUCACCGCCAUGGGCACGUCCUCCAGCUCGGCCACCCUGCCCAUCACCUUCCGCUGCCUGGAGGAGGGCCUGGGUGUGGACCGACGCAUCACCAGGUUCGUGCUGCCCGUCGGGGCCACCGUCAACAUGGACGGCACCGCGCUCUACGAGGCCUUGGCCGCUAUCUUUAUUGCACAGGUCAAUAAUUAUGAGCUCAACCUUGGUCAGAUCACCACCAUCAGCAUCACAGCCACGGCGGCCAGCGUUGGGGCUGCCGGCAUCCCCCAGGCGGGUCUGGUCACUAUGGUCAUUGUGCUCACGUCGGUCGGGCUGCCCACGGAGGACAUCACGCUGAUCAUAGCGGUGGACUGGUUCCUUGACCGGCUUCGCACGAUGACCAACGUGCUGGGGGACUCGAUCGGAGCGGCCGUCAUCGAGCACUUGAGCCAGCAGGAGCUGGACAUGCAGGAAGUGGAGCUCACCAUGCCCAGCCUGGGGAAGCCCUACAAGUCACUCAUGGCACAGGAGAAGGGGGUGUCCAGAGGCCGGGUUGGCAACGAGAGUGCUAUGUGAGGGUCCUCCGGGUCUGCUGCCUCUCGAGGAGGGCGCUCUGGGGACAGUCUGCAACCCGGCUGACCACGGCUGAACCCCCAGUCUGCUUGGCUUGUUCAGGGGGGCAGUGAGAUAAAGGAGCAGGAAUGAAA